CCACCCCAGUCAGCGGCAUUUGGCCACUGCACAUUUGCAGGACAGAGCUGACUUGACACCCAGAAUGUAAAUCUUGGAGCGAACAGCGUCUCUUUCUCCUUUUGGCAUGAAUCAGGCGACGUGAAGCCGUCGGGACAGGAGAGGGGUUGUCCUCGCAGGUCGAAAACAUUGCCUGUGUUAUUCGAGGGCUAAUUGCGUGGGUGCUUUGGGGAAUACAGGGGGAGAAACUAGAGGAGAGGGCUCGCCUUCACACCAAAGCCCCUCAAAACAGUGGGGAGCUCCUAUCACCAGUUGUAUUUGACACCGUCUUCGUGCACUUGUAUCCGCGGGCGUGCGACUCCCACAUGCCCAAUGGCUCUAUGGAGGGACCACUGACUGCGAUGUUAUUUAUGAACCGAACUUAGAAUCUCAUGCUGUAUGGAUUGACCAAUCAUUUUUUUUACACAGAAAAGAAGAAUCGACGCUUGGGUUGAGUCUCUGUCUUCAGCUCCCUCACAACUUAUUGGAUGAAAGGCUCACUUGCCUCUGGCAGCUGAAGAUGAUGUUACUAUGGAAACAGUUUUUGCUGCUAUCAAUCAUUGAGUGUCUUGCAGAUGGCUCGGAUUAUAAGUCAUUUCACGGCCCCAGAUGGAGGAUGGAGCCCAGUGAUCUCAUCCUCCCCGUGGGGGGCACACAGACGGAGGCCACCCUCACCUGUGAUGCCAAGGGCACCCCGCCUCCCCAGUACAGGUGGUCCUUUAACGGCACGUCGAUCGAUCUCAGGACCGACCCGAGGCGCGUGCUGUCUGCAGGCAACCUGAUCAUCAGGGAUCUGGACCAGGACCAGGACGCCGGGACCUACCAGUGCACGGCCUUCAACCCACUCGGCGCCAUUCUCAGCAGGAGGGCCAGCCUCAAGUUUGCAUACUUGAAUUUUAAAACUCAAGCCAGAAGUGCUGUAUCUGUUCGAGAGGGUCAAGGGGUCGUUCUCCUUUGUGGAACGCCAACAUACUCAGGAGACCUUACAUUUGCGUGGGUCUUCAAUGAAUACACUUACUUCGUCCAACAAGACAAUCGCCGCUUUGUUUCUCAGGAGACUGGGAACCUGUACAUCGCUAAAGUCGAGCCGUCCGACGUGGGCAAUUACACCUGCAUCGUGAUGAGUCGCGUCACCCGGGAGAGAGUGAGCAGCUCCCCGACUCCUCUCAUCCUCAGGACAGACGGAGUCAUGGGUGAAUACGAGCCGAAAAUAGAAGUGCAUUUCCCUGACACAGUCCCAGCUGCGAAGGGAUCCGUUGUUACGCUGGAGUGUUUCGCUCUUGGCAACCCCGUCCCAGAGAUCACCUGGAGGCGAGCGAACGGAGUUCCCUUCCCCAGCAAAGUGAAAAUGAAGAACUCCAACGUGGUGCUGGAGAUCCCCAGCUUCCAGCAGGAGGACGCGGGCGGGUACGAGUGCUUGGCGGAGAACAAGAUGGGGAAGAACGUCGCCAAAGGACGCCUCCUGUUCCAUGCGAAGCCCCAGUGGAUCCAGACCAUGCGAGACUCGGCCCUGGCCCUAGAGGAGAGGCUGGCCUGGGAGUGCAAGGCCAACGGGAAGCCCAAGCCAUCCUACAGCUGGCUCAAGAAUGGAGAGACGCUGGUCCCAGAGGGGCGAGUGCAGCUGGCGGACGGGGCGCUCUCCAUAGAGGCGGUGAACCUGUCGGACGACGGCAUGUACCAGUGCGUGGCGGAAAAUAAACACGGCAUCAUUUAUUUCAGUGCAGAGCUGGUGGUGUUAGCGUCGGCCCCAGACUUCUCUAAGAGCCCGCUGCGGCCCCUGCAGAAGGCCAAGGUGGGCAGCAUGGUGACGCUGGAGUGCCGGCCCCAAGCCUUCCCCAGAGCAGACAGCAAUUGGAGGAAGGGCGAGGAGCCUCUGCUGACCACCGAGAGGAUAAUUAUUCUUCCUGAUGGAACGCUGAAAAUCACAAAUUUGACAAAAACAGAUGGAGGCACCUACACCUGCUUGGCACAAAACCAGUUUGGGACAGCCAGCACCUCUGGAAGACUUCUAGUUACAAAGCCCACACGGAUCAGUCAAGGCCCGUCGAACAUGGAGAUCAUUGUGGGCGAGAGCAUCGUGCUUCCCUGCCAGGUGGCGUGCGACCCGGCCCUGGACGUAUCGUUCUCCUGGGCUUUCAAUGGCCAAGUCAUCAGCAAAGCAGACAGACACUUUGAACACGUGGGAGGGCCAAUGGCGGGUGACCUGAUGAUUCGGAACAUCCAGCUGAAGCAUGCUGGGAAGUACGUGUGUGUGGUUGAUACAGACGUCGAGAGCCUCUCUGCGGCUUCCGUUUUGGUUGUCAAAGGUCCCCCGGGCCCCCCCGAGACCGUGACGGUGGACGAGAUCACGGACAGCAACGCCCAGGUCUCCUGGAUGCCCGGCCCCGAUAACGGCAGCCCCAUCAGGGGGUACAUCAUCCAGACCAAGACCCCCUUCACCGUGGGCUGGCAGGCGGUGGACACAGUGCCCGAGGUGAUUGAUGGGAACACGCUGACGGCCACCGUGGUGAACCUGAAUGCCUGGGUGGAGUAUGAGUUCCGUGUGGUGGCGAGGAACAGCGUGGGGAUGGGGGAGCCCAGCCCUGCUUCGCUGAAAACCCGGACGGAAGAUACUGUCCCUGACACGGCCCCCACUGAUGUCAGCGGCGGAGGAGGCUCCAAAUCUGAGUUGGUAAUAACGUGGGAGCCUGUGCCUGAGGAACUGCAGAACGGUGACGGCUUCGGCUACAUCAUCGCCUUCCGGGCCCUGGGUGAGGUGACCUGGACCCACGCCGUCACCUCCACACCCGGCGUGUCUCGCUACGUCUGCCGCAACGACAGCAUCCCCCCGUUCUGCCCUUUCAGCGUGAAAGUGGGCGCCUACAACACCAAAGGCCAGGGCCCCUUCAGUGCCGUCACUACCGUCUUCUCCGCCGAGGAGGAGCCCAGUGGUGUGCCAGGCAGAGUUUGGGCCAGAAGUGCUUCUGCCUCAGAGAUCGAAGUGAACUGGCUGCCUCUCUCCGCUUCUUCUCCUGAAAGAGUUCUUGGCUAUGAGGUGGUGUACUGGGAGGACGACACCAAGCCCGAGACGAUGGGCAAAGUGAGGGUGUCGGGCAAUCAGACGUCCGUCUCCGUCAGCGGCCUGAGGGGCCACACUCAGUACUUCCUGACUGUGAGUGCCUUUAACACCGCCGGAACUGGACCGCCCUCGCCCACAAUCAACGCCACCACCAAACGAUUCCCACCUGGGCAGAUGCCGCAGAACGUGGAGUGGACCCUCAUUGGCUCCAAGCUCAUCGUGCACUGGGAUCCUGUGGUCGCCAUGGAGAUGGAGUCGGAUGUCACAGGGUACCAGGUGUCCUACUGGAGACGGAAGCACAGGGAGGUGAACAGCGUCACCACCAAUGAGACCACGGUGGAGAUACUCCUGCCGGCCGAUGAUGACUACGUCAUCCAGGUCAGGGCACUAAGUGAGGGGGGCGAGGGCAUCCCGACUGAAACCAUCUCCGUCCACAAGCUCAGUAUGAGCGCGAGAGGAUCGGGAUCAUGGCGGCCCAGUUCGGUUGCGUCGUCUCUGCUCGUCUUUGUGGCGUUGUCUGCGUCCAUGUCCCCUCUGUAGGGGGUCUUUGAGGCAAUGUCGACGUCCAAGUCCCCUCUGUAGAGGGGCGGGUGCGGGGGUGGGUGGGUGUGGGGGGAGGUGCGUGUCCAUGCUGCUACUCAUUAUUGUUUCUAUGGAGGACAACUUGGACAUGUCUUCAUCCUGUUUGUCCGUAGAGGACAACUUGGACAUGUCUUUAUCCUGUUUGUCCGUAGAGGACAACUUGGACAUGUCUUUAUCCUGUUUGUCCGUAGAGGACAACUUGGACAUGUCUUUAUCCUGUUUGUCCGUAGAGGACGCCUUGGGACGUGUCCCGCGGAGGACUGUGUUGAGUGCGCCUGAGCUCGUAUCUGCUCAAGGUCAGAGGAUCCGCGUGUACGGACGCGAGACAUGAGAUAUGAGACAUGAGACAUGAGACGAGUCUUCAGAGGACGCACAAAAAAAACGCGGACGGAACGAGUACACAAGAAAAACAAACAGACAAACAAAUGAAAAAAAGGGUGAAGUGCAAACUUUUGAAACGCUUUGGAUAUGUGUGCAUGUUGUGUGAAGUGUAUUAUUCGCCUGAGAGAGGGAAGGGAGUGUCACCUGAGUCUGACAUCCUUAAAACAUGGAGGACGUGUGGAGGGGGGUUAUGAGCUCUGUGCACUAUUUGCUAUUUUCUUUUGCCUCUGUGGUCCUUGAGAAGUACAAAUGCCUUACCCCCGUUCCCAUGCCAAAGUAGUUGGAGUCUUAUUGUUUGGGCUUAGAUAUUGUGCUUUUGUAACAAAACCUUUUUUUUUUGUAAAGGGGCAAACCUAAUGAUCCUUUUUGAAAAGAGGAUCCCAUUUGAUAGAAGGCUUUUUUUCCAAACAAAGUCAUUACACCUCAUGUUACCUGUGAGAUUUGUUUAGAAAGGGUUUUUGCCUUGCCUCGUUUCUAAUUGAGAAUGUGUGUGCCUUUGAAGAUUCAUUCAUUAUCACUCAACCAGAGGAUAGGUCCUCUUUUUUUUUAGGAAGCCAACUUGGUGGUGUUACCGUCUUGUUAAUUAAUUGUUAUAAUUAUGGGGGAAAAGAAGUUUCAAAGAGGGAAAGCAUCUGUCAAGUAUAUUUUUGGUAAACCCUCAGAUCUUCUUGGAAUAUUUGAUCUUGAUGAUUAGGCUCAACAUUAGGGCAAAUUUCUAAGCGUAAUACUUAAAUCAAAGCUUGCAUAGACAUGACUAAAAUAUCAGUUUUGUAGCAGAAUUUGUCAUCUCAAGAUGUGCUUAAAGUCCAACCAGAACCAACCAAGAUGCUCCCAAUUUCUGUUGAUCUGAUGGUUUGCUUCAGCUUUGCCAUAUGAUAAAUCCAUAACAUGUUUGACAGAUAAAUUGGGAUUAUGUUUUUAUGUCGUCCUGUUAAUGCAUGGUGCAUUUGACACAAUCGGAUUACUGUGCGUCUUCUGUGCAUAACUGACCAUCGCCAUCUGAAAUCCAAGUAUAUCCCUUUAGUUGGUGUUGAGGUGUGAGAGAUGAAGUUGCUUCGUCUCACACGAGACUGAUCACCUAACACAGUCUUAACACAGUCUUAACACAGUCUUAACACAGUCUUAACACAGUCCAUAGCUGCACUGUGUGCAGUAUGUACGGCCUUUACCCUAGCUUUUGACAAAGGCCCGACACGCUGACCUGCAAGCACAUAAUGGAGGUCUGUUUUUAUCCCCCGAAAGUGAUGAAUGUAACGUCUGAUCCUUGCCGUGAUUUAAAGGCCAUUAAAGCAUGGCGGUAUAUUCUACCACACCCGAGGGGCCUCCUGACCGCGUGCGCAUCUGAAUUAUGGCCAGGGCGACAAGCCGCAGGAAGAUGAAUGCUCAGCGAGCGGCAGCAAUGAGAUGAGACGAGCUAUAUCAAGACAGCCCCAGACGGAACGGAUAACGGCAGAGAUUUGUUUUGGCGGCUCAUCAUUGCUGCCUGUGUACUGCAGUCACCUUGCCCACUGACUCUAUCGUCCGUAAGGCCACCUCACCUUUUAAAGGCACAAUAUGUUGUUUUUGUUGUCCAAAAACAGCAAAAAUGCUUCUAGGCUUCUUGUAGUGAUGUACGUCUGAAAGUAUGAAAGAAGUACUGCUUUUCUCAACAUUGGAUCCUGAAAGGGGCAAACAACAGCAAUCAGAUGUUUUCAGGCCUUUUAUUGUAUUUCUUUACAUUGCCCUAAAAUGUAAAUAGAUUAAUAAUAAAAAAACACAUGAAACUUCAAAUAGGCAUAGGAAUAUUGUAGGCUCUCUCUUCUUACUUUCCCUUUACACAAGUAUCAUAAUGGAGGUCCCCUAACCAAUUUGAUUUGUCGCAGCAAAAAUGACAUAUUGCACCUUUAAUUACCGUCCUGUCAUAGCCCCGUCCCAGACAGGCACGUUCCAGAGCCACUGCAGCCUGGUAUGCAGCAUGAAGCUGAUGUAGGUCCCGUACAAAAACUGUGUUUUCCUGUCCUCAUGUCAACUCUUUCACAGCUCUUUCAUGGCUAGCAGGGAGAGGAGUCUGGCCGCUAUGAAAGUCUGCUUCCCCAGUCUGCAUGGUCUUGAUUUCCUCCUGUGGGUAUUCUGGUUCACAGGAAGAUGCCCCUCUUCAGUUAGUGUGGACUCAUGUGGAUGUUUCAUGUGUUGUUUUGUUUUGUUUUGUUUGUUUGUUUGUUUGUUUGUUUGUUAGGUUGUUUUCUGGAAUAUUGCAAUGCUCAUGUUUUAUUGUUUUUUUUCCCUGUAGAAUGUGAGUACAGUGUUUACAGGACAGAAGCCUUACAGCUGGUAUAUAUAAGAGGAAGAGAACGAAGCGGGCUCUUAUAGUCAUUCGUGUCGUGUUGUCCAGGAACUCUCCAUUACUUUCGUAUAGCAUUUGUAAGGGGUGAUGCUUUCUUAUUUUGUCUGGAUUGGUAAUCACACACAUUUGCAUUUUCUGUGUAAUGUUCAUUUUUUGACAGUUUUGUCAAAAGGUCAAGUGUUGCAAAAGGUUUUGGGGGGGGAAAUUCUGCAUUCAUGUGUUAAUUUAAAAAGGUUUUUAAUGUAUCUAAGGGGGGAAGCGGUGAUGUUAAAUAGCAGCAGUUUUCAUUCUAAAUGUUUAAAUGGUUAGCUUGCUUUAUCUCAGUUUCAGUGUGUAUCGCAGAAAUAUGCUUCUCUCUCUCACACACUCACGUACAGACCCACACAGACCCACACACACACACACAAACACACACACACGUUGUCCAGUAACACUUGGCCUUUUCUUUGAAUACUGCUGCAGUGAUCCGAUGUUCUCUUAUCUCUGUGAGAUGAAUGACCAGCACAAUCAAAAAUGUUGUUUUCAUAUUGAAAAGUAAUUGGCUCAUCUUGUAUAGUAAAGCUGUGCAUGUAGAAAGUUGUUUAUUGUGCAUUUGUGUUGAGUUUCUUAAAUUUAAUAAAGCUAUUUACUGAUGA